AGGAGCGCUUUUUAGCUGUGCGUCGCUGCCGAGAAAACGGGAUAAUUGUGACAAACACCCCCCCCUCCCCGCAGCGGUCGAACCCUUCCAGGUGCUCAUUGCCAUAUACUGCCAUUCCUAUUAUUAUCGUUGCAGUUUUACCUGUCUCAGUUAGAUUUGGUUGGGUUUCUUAUUUUCUUCUUUAUGAGGAAAGAGGAAAGAAGCGAAGGACCAUUUCACCAUGCGUAGCACACGUCUUUGGCAGAAGGCGGACUUUUUCCGCCGGAUCCCGAAGGACCUGACGGAGUCGACCGCCAUCGGCGCCAUCAUCUCCAUCGCCUGUGUCGUUGUGAUGGUGCUCUUGUUCGUUGGAGAGGUCAUCUCCUACGUCUCGCCACGCAUCCAGUCAGACAUGGUCAUCAUGCCGGACCUUGACUCCGAGAGCAUCAUUAAGGUGAGCCUCGACCUCACCUUUCACAAGAUGCCGUGCUCCAUCCUUACUUUGGACAUUUUGGACGUCUUGCACAACCACGUCUUCAAUUCAAUGGAGCACAUUACCAAGACCCGCCUGGACGCGGAGGGGCGCCCCGUCACCGACGGCCGCUCUCCUGAGGAGUUCGUCAGCAAUCGAGAGGGCUGCAAUCUGCGCGGCUACAUCCAAGUCGCGAAGGUGCCCGGCAACUUCCACAUCUCCUCGCACGGGCGUCAGCAACUCCUUAACGAUCACUUCAAAGCUGGCAUCAAUGUCGAGCACACCAUUCAUCACCUGUCCUUCGGCUCCACCGACGUAAUGAAGUUCUCAAAACAGGCCCAACUUCACCCACUGGACGGCAUGACGCAGCGUUCCCACUUGCCGAAGCUGUUCCAAUACUACCUGGACAUUGUCCCUACGAUCUACGAAGGCGCCUUCUCCACCACCUACACCUACCAAUUCACAGGUACGAGUAGCGCCGUCAUCCUCCCAACGAAUCAAAUGCCGGCGGUUGUCUUUCAGUACCAGCUCUCCCCCAUCACGGUGCGCUACAGCGCCGCGCGGGUGUCGUUUACGCACUUUCUGACAUACGUGUGUGCCAUUGUAGGCGGCGUCUUUACCGUGGCGGGAUUGCUGUCCCGCUUCGUGCAGACCUCCGCGGCACAGAUCCAGCGGCGUAUUCUUGGCAAGGCCGAUUGA